CCCACCAAAUUGGAAGCCGAACACCACUUAAAAAGAAGAUAGCAUUCCAAACACUCCCAAAAUCAAAACCAAAACCAAUCCAGCUUCAGUUUUCAACACUACUGCUGCUAUCACUUCCCACUUCCUAUGGAAACCUUCUUCAGCUAUGACUUUGAUUUCAACCCAUAUUACGCAUCCGACAAUUCGUCGACGUCCAUCAGCAGCACCCGUUGCACUAUCUCGGAUGAGGAAGUAUACGCCACCGUUGCAACUAGUGGCCCGAAGCGGCGGGCUGGGAGGAAGAAGUUCCAUGAGACGCGGCAUCCCGUCUACAAGGGCGUCAGGCAAAGGAAUAGGGGAAAAUGGGUAUGUGAGGUGCGCGAGCCGAACAAGAAGUCCCGUAUAUGGCUUGGGACGUUUCAGACUGCUGAGAUGGCAGCUCGGGCCCAUGACGUUGCUGCAUUGGCUCUUAGAGGACGAAGGGCGUGCCUCAAUUUUGCUGAUUCAGCAUGGCGUUUGCCUGUGCCGGCGUCCAGCUGUCCUCGGGACAUACAGAAGGCUGCUGCAGAGGCUGCGGAAGCCUUUCGGCCGUCCGAAUCUUACAAUGCUUCUAACGAUGAUGGUAAUAUAAUGCCAGAAAUUCCAACAGCCUCUUCGGAGAAUGUGUCUUACAUGGAUGAGGAGGCUAUCUUCGGCAUGCCAAGAUUGCUAGCUAGCAUGGCAGAGGGAUUGCUGCUUUCUCCACCUACAUUCUUUGGAGGUGGGUACCACUGUGAUGACGUGGAGAUCGAAGCUGAUGUGUCAUUGUGGAGCUACUCAAUUUGAUGAAGAGUCUUGCUCCCUUGUUGUUGUUGUUAUGGUGUAGGGAUGGGGUCCACAACCUUUUAUUUUUUAAUACGGGGUGGAACCCAAUUAGCCCAUAAGCAGGAGCCAUAUAUAUAUAUAUAUUGUACCGUACCUUUUGUUUUGUGUGGGUCCAAAUGAGCCCAUCACAUGUACGAGAACUAAAUUGUUAUGCUUCAAAAAUCUUCUUGAUUAGCAAGCAUUUAUCCCCUUAGUCACCACAGGAGUGACCCAAUACAAAUCAGAUGUACCAUAACUUCACGGAAAGUCCAUCCACCCCACAAGUGAGUCCCACCACAUCUAGGCUGCGAAUGGUGCAGAUCAUGAACUUGAAUUGUCCAAUAAUGGCAGCAAAUGGAUGAACAGAAAAAAAAAAAAAAAAAGAAGGGGUAGAUAGUCCCCACAUGAUGGACAGAUUAGAUGUGAUGCACACAUCACAGUGAGCCCCACACAUUGGCAUUGCAUGUGGGCCCCAUUCGUACCAGCACUGAGGGCAGAUCUGUGUGGGGCCCACCGUGAUGUAUCUGUUUAUCCACUUCGUCCACCCUUUAUCUUAUAUCAUGUUGAGGUAUGUUCCCAAAAAUUAGUUAGAUCCGAAGCUCUAGUGAACCACGCCAGAGAUGAAAGCCUUUCCCAUGAAGUUACUACGCAAGGAUUCUUGGUGGGGCCACUGUGAUAUUUGUUAGAAAUCCAACCGUCCAUUCGUUAAUGUGGAUACAAAACUCAAAGGGGUCACACUAGAGGAAACAGUGGAGUUUUGGCGACCACCAUUGAAAUAUUAAUAUGACCACAGUUUUUUAUAGGUCCAUGUUUCUUGUGUUUUCACAUUAUCCCAGUGAAAAUGACCUUAUAAACAAUUUGGAUGGCACGUAAACAUCAAUGUGGAGGCUAAGAAGGUUUCAAAGUAGGAAUUCCUUUUCCUGCUGUUUCAUCUUGUAUGGUACAUUUGAGUCAUGGAUACUCAGUAAUUUUGGUCGCAUACAAUAAAAUGAGCUUGGGUUAGAUUUCUCAUAAACAUCAUGGUGGACCCCACCUUGCAUCCCUACCAAAGGCUUAAAAUCCGCGUCCGUAUUUGGUGUGGUUCACCAGAGCGUUGUAUCUGCCUCAUUUUUUGGCCUACCUUCACAUGAUCUGAGAAAAAAGGAUGGAUGGCUUGGAUAUACAGAUACAUCACGGUGGUCCCCUACACAGAUCUGGUCAGACGUUGCUAGGUCAGACCGGCGGUCAGACGCAAUUCGCUUCCGUCGCAUAUAACCGAAAGGUGGACCGUUCUGAUCGUCCGUCCGUCUUUGCAUGUGGGCCCCAGUGGUGCAACAGAUCAUCGUACGAACGCAUGAGCCGCAUAAACGCCACUUCUGGCCAUCACAAGGCCACGAGUCCCCUUCUAUUAGAAACAUCCUCCUGAUUCCCAGCUGGAGGAUACCUAAAACCUUUUAUGUAAAGUCAGUGACGUCCUUCAUUGUCUUCAACGUUUUCAACGGUGAAACAACAACUGUUUAGUGGGGCCCACUUCAAUGGCGGCCUCUGAAUCUCAUGUUCCCUAUUCCUUUUCUUC